AUGCGGAAUCCUAGAAAUGAACACAAGCACGAACUGAACCUUGUGAAGCUCGCAUCGGCAGACAUGAAAAUGAGACUCAUUCUCUUCUUCGCACUUCUUCUAAGCGCCACAGCCCUCCCAGUCGAAAAAGAGGACGGAUCGAAGAGAGAUGCUGGCGGCGCUCCUGAGUUGCGCCAGAGCCAAGAGGUGAAAUUGCUGGAGGAAUUGCUCGCUAUGAGUGGCAAAGGCGGAUCUGGCAAAUCCUCGGGUGGGGGAGGUGGUGGGGGCAGUGGUGGGGGUGGAUUCGGAGGAGGAGGCUCAUCUGCAUCGUACCCUUCGUACGGAGGAGGAAACGGAGGAGGAUAUGGAGGAAGCUAUACCGGAUACGGUGGAGGAUACGGGGGAGGAUACGGUGGAGGUUACGGUGGAGGAUACGGUGGAGGAUACGGUGGAGGAUACGGAGGAGGAUACGGUGGAGGAUACGGUGGAGGAUACGGCUAUUGA